AUCAAGAUCGCGCUUCCUGGUUUAUUUUUCCUUUCUUUCUUGCCAAGCAGUAACUCGAAAAUGGCGAAACCCAUCUUCUCCCUUUUUCUUCUUUUAUUAGGCAGGUUCUUUUUACACACUUUUUUUUUUCAAUUAAACCCCACUUCACUUUCUUUAAUUUAUUAGUUAACCCUUAAACGCAACGCAACUAAUAAAUCCCAUCCAUUUCUUGGACCUAUAUAAAUAGCACUCUUCCACUACUUCUCUAUCCCACACACAAAUUCCAGCUCUCUCAGCUUUUCUUUCUAUUCUUUCUAGCAUUUUGGUUUAAGUGAAAAAGAUGGCAUCCUUUGCUUCUCACUGUGUUUUGAAACUAUUCAUUCUAAUCUCAAUCUUUCAAAUCUCAUUAGCUGCUAGGAAGCUCAAUGAGCUAGUUCAAGAUCAGCCUCAACUCUUAAGGUACCACAAUGGUCCUCUUCUUUCCGGUAAAAUUUCUAUCAAUCUCAUUUGGUAUGGCAAAUUCCAGCCAUCCCAGAAAGCCAUCAUCUCAGAUUUCAUCUCUUCGUUAUCAGAACAUCAAUCUCAAAAUAGCCAACCCUCUGUAGCUUCCUGGUGGAAAACAACAGAGAAAUACUAUCACCUCAACUCCAAAAAAGCCACACUUUCGCUCACUUUAGGCAAACAAAUAGUAGAUGAAGCCUAUUCACUAGGAAAAUCACUCACAAACGAACAUAUUGUAGAGUUGGCCUCAAAGGGUGAUAAAAUGAAUGCUAUUAAUGUUGUACUCACAUCUGCUGAUGUAGCUGUCGAUGGGUUUUGCUUAAACCGAUGUGGGACACAUGGGUCUGCUUCAGGAUCCAAAACCGGUCACAUUAAGGGUAAAAACUAUAAAUUUGCUUACAUUUGGGUUGGUAACUCUGAAAUUCAGUGUCCUGGUUAUUGUGCGUGGCCAUUCCACCAGCCAAUCUACGGACCGCAGAACCAGCCAUUGGUUGCACCCAACAAUGAUGUGGGUCUUGAUGGUAUGGUAAUCAAUUUGGCUGGUCUUUUGGCUGGAACGGCCACCAACCCAUUUGGAAAUGGCUACUUUCAGGGUCCAAAAGAGGCACCUUUGGAGGCUGCAUCAGCUUGCCCUGGGGUUUACGGUAAAGGGGCUUAUCCUGGUUAUGCUGGUAAUUUACUGGUGGAUUCAACAACUGGUGCUAGCUACAAUGCAUAUGGAGAUAAUGGCAGGAAAUACUUGCUUCCUGCUUUAUAUGAUCCGUCUACAUCUUCUUGUUCAACUUUGGUCUAAUUGCAGCUUUAGUGGAGUAGGAUUUAUAUCUUUAGAUAUUUAAUUAAUGAAUUAAUGUACACUUUAUAUAUAUAAAAAGAGAGGGGAGAAAGAGACGUUGUAAUUUUUUUA